CCAAAACCUCAAAAUCCUUCCCUCGUCUCGUCUUCGCCCUUACCCGUCCCACUCAUGAGGCAUCAGUUUCAAAGUGGCAGUAACCAAUACCAUUAUAGUGUAGAUGGCCCUAACCAAGCCUUCACAUCCCGAACAUCAUUUGUCUACCCUGUCUCGAUCCGACUUUCCAGAACAGCCACAAUUCUUUCAAGAAUCUCCCGACUCGCUCGCGACAACUUCUCUCACCGAUUCACAAUCUUCGCCGGAGAAAAACCCCUCCAUCGACUCUCUCCCUCGGGUUCGCAGCAACUCCAAGCAGCGCCAGUCCACCCUCUCCACCACCUCGUCGAGAAGCAGCCGCACCAACCUUCUCACCUUUGCUGCCCUUGCACGAGACAAGACCACCAGCGCCAUUGCCACCUUCUCCGAUCCCGUCACACGAGCACAAGUCUCCCGCAAGAACUCCCACAAUCACCGCACUGACGGUGACAGCGACAAGAGCCCCAAGCGGAAAUCCGACCCCUCGCGAUCCAUUACUCCCCAAGCGAAGGAAUCACAAUCCAUAACUACCCCACGAUCGGGCCUUCAGGACACGGAGCCGCCCUCCCAGUCGUACGAGGAUACGGACGCGAACACCCCGACACCUAUGAAGGUAGUAGCACCGGAGCGGAGCACGAUGCACCAAACCUCCUCGCGCUUAUUGCGCAUGACAGAGGAUGACAGGCCAUUCACCAGAGAUUUCAAGGACCUCUUCGCAACACUGAUCGUCAGCCUCCCCCUCGAGUCCCACCGCCGCAUGUUCAACAAAUGCGAGCACUCCUUCCUGUCCGAAGAGGCAAUCAACAAUUUAGGGUCCUUAAAAUUCUCCCAGUCCAAUCGCAUGCCAGAUCCAAAGGAUCCCUCGCGGAUCGUCACCACCACCACCACCACCACCUUUUCCAUGGCCCGAGACAUGGCCAGGACCGUGUGCCAGCGCUUUGUGGACGCCCGGUUCAUUGAGUCUGCGGACAGCAAGCAAAUCAGAGAGUUCAACUUGAAGGGCACGCUAUGGCAGCUCACGCCCAAGGGCAUCCAGGUCCUAGACCACUUCUGCUCCAGGAACGGUAUCCAGCAACGGCAUGUGGUUGAUCUCAUCAACUCGCCCAAGAACACCAUGCAGCUCGUCGUCUUAGAACGUGACAGCGUUUCGGAUGAGAUCUCGCACGAUCGUGGGACGGUGGAGGUCUUGUUCCGCCGCUUCAUUGGCGCGAACGGACCCAACAUCAAGAGCAGCGUCUCGGCGGCCGAUUCGGAUUCCCUCAGCGAAUACAACGAUGGCUUGGCGGGAGUCAGGAUGGCUUGUGAGCGCAAGAUCGGCUCCCCACAGCGGACGGUCCUGCAAUCCUUCACCGGGAAGGCGGCGGUAGACUGGCUGCUCGACUGCUGUACCACCGUGGACAAGAGCGAGACGAUGAAGAUCGCGGGGCUGUUCCUGGAGCACGACUUAUUAUGGUGUGUCCUGUCGGACAGGUCCUACACCUCCCAGUCCCCGGCACACAAGUUCCAGCCUACCAAGAUGGCGAUUUACCAGAUGACCCAGAAGGGUAAGGAUAUCAUCAACAUGUCCAGCACCCACAGGCUCUCCAACGGUGAUGUCGACAGCCCCUCAAGUAGAAUCGGCGUUUCCCGCGACUCGAACACGCAGAAGCUGGACAGGAUCCUCACAGAUGCGGCUCUGCGCCUGCUCUUCCGCGAGCAGCUCCGUGAUACCCAUUGCGAGGAGAACCUGAGCUUCUACCUCGACGUCGACGAGUUCCUGAAGACUUGCACCGACGCCCUACAAGGCAUGUCUCCUUCCUCGCGCGCCAAGAACCCAGAUAGGAGUCUCGAUGCUAUUAAGGAGACCAUGGCCUCCGCGUAUGGUAUCUACAACGCGUUCCUCGCCCCUGGCUCUCCCUGCGAGUUGAACAUCGACCAUUUACUCCGCAGCCAGCUCGCCUCGCGCAUGACCAAGGCAGUCGGCCGCGGCGACGCCAUGAUCGAGAGUCUGAAGGAGGUCAUCAAGCUAUUCGAGGAGGCGCAACUCUCCGUGUUUAAGCUUAUGGCAAGCGACUCGGUGCCCAAAUUCAUGAAGAGCGUCAAGUACGAACAGACCCUCAAGAACUACGACUUCGACUCCAUCCCCGCCCACCCCGCCCCCGGCCAAUCCCGCUCUCACGGCUCCGUCAACCGCUCAUCCCGCUGAGCCUUAAGUCGUCUAUCUAUCUGGGAGCUCCCCUGCUUGCCCGGAUCUCCCGCGAACGAUCAGCAUAUACCCCGCCAGAAAUUUCCAUAAUUCUCAAGUCAUGUCAUGUCGUCAUUUAGCGUUACAUACCAAAAAGACCGGCCCCGGCCCACCCCCCACGAACCGUUCGCCUCGCAGCGAUCCCAGCCACUACGAAACCUCGCGUACCAACAUACCACGAAUCUCAACAUCUACAUCUACCACAUACGAACGGUCCUUUUUUUCUCCAAAAUCAAAAAUUUCCAGCUUUGCAUUCUCAUGGCGUUUUCAUCAUCAUUUCAAGAGAAAGAAGGGGGGUAAGAGGGGGG